AUGGCCUCGGACAAAGAGGUGGAGAUUGAACGGGGCACCUGGAGCAAGAAGCUGGACUUCAUCCUGUCCUGUGUGGGCUUCUCCGUUGGGCUCGGCAACAUCUGGAGGUUCCCUUACGUGGUCUACAGGAAUGGAGGAGCCACGUUCCUGAUCCCGUACCUCAUCAUGCUGGUCAUCGCUGGCCUGCCGCUGUACUUCAUGGAGCUGGCAGUUGGUCAGUUCGCCUCCGAGGGGCCGGUCACAGUGUGGAAGGUCAGCCCCAUAUUUACAGGUAUAGGGAUCGCCAUGGUUACCAUCAGCACUAUGAUAUGUGUCUAUUAUAACAUCAUCAUAACGUACGCCAUGUACUACUUGUUUGUCUCCCUUGUCAACCUUGACCUUGAGGUACCGUGGGCAACGUGUACGAACACAUGGAAUACGCACACGUGCAGGACAGAGGCGUUUCCAGACCUCACUGGGAUGAACGAGAGCGCCAAGCUUCACAGCAUGUACGAGGAGUUAUACAACAGCACAUGUGUCUCCAUCGUCAGUUCCAACAGUACGUGGCUGCCUCACUUUGACAGCAUCAAUUCCACCAUGCUGUCAGACUCCACGUUCGACUCCUGCAAAUUUGUGUACACCUCCGCCAGCGAGGAAUAUUGGACGCGGUCUGUGCUUCGUCUACACGAAUCGACCGGAAUCCAUGACCUUGGCGACGUCAGCGUUAAGCUCCUGAUCACCCUCAUCCUGGCCUGGAUCCUCAUCUUCUUCUGUCUCCUGAAAGGCAUCAAAUCGUCAGGGAAGGUCGUGUAUUUCACCGCAACAUUCCCUUUCAUCAUCUUACUGAUCCUCCUCAUCCGGGGCCUGACGUUGCCAGGAUACGAGAAGGGUAUACAGUUCUAUGUCGUGCCCAAGCCAGAGAAACUGCGGGAAGCCAGGGUAUGGGGUGAAGCUGCCACACAGAUAUUCUACUCCUUGGGGGUGGGUUUCGGUGCCCUGCCUACCAUGUCGAGCUACAACAAGUUCCACAACAACUGCUACAGGUGCAACACUGCUGUUGCGGUUGGUGUGGGGAUUGAUCAGGAUGCAUAUGGUCAUCGCGGUACAGAGGCCGGUAGUCUUGGUGAAAGCUGUGGGCAUGAUGGCGCUGGAGCAGAUACUGUUACAGUUGUGGCUCUAGUGUUGAUGAUAGUGGAUGUGGUAGUGGUUGUAGCUCUAGUGUUGAUUGUAGUGGAUGUGAUGAAGGUUGAGGCUCUAGUGUUGAUG